CGUAUUACUUUGCUGCUGCUUAUUGCAGCAGCGUGCAACGCGACGCCGCUUCAUCUACGAGCUCCGAUCGCUAUGGGAGGACUUGAAGGCGAGGUAACUUUUGAACAAACGAGUCAAGAGAACGUGACAAUCCGCGUAAGACUGACUGGAGAGGAACCCAGCACCUUCUCGUGGAGCAUACGCGACCUCUCCGCUGCGCUCGAUUCAGCUGCACCCUGCAACUCCUUAGGCCGUGCACGUCAUGACUUCUCUCGACGGCACGGAAAGCUCGACCUGGGACCCAACAGUACAGAGCUCGUCUUCGAAGACGAUUCUGUCAAACUUGGAGGCUCCGACACUAUAUGGGGACGUGCGCUGUUAUUGCAAGGUCCGGGUAACCGCGUCGCUUGUGCAACUGUCAUGUCGGAGGGACCCGUCGCGACUUCCAGGGCGGUGUUCCGAGCUCCAAUCGCUGGAAUACUCGACUUUCGCCAGACUCCCGACGAUCUGUAUCUGAUUUAUUGUGACUUGUACCACGUGCGCGAUUCUGUACCGCCAAAGCGGUACACCUGGAACCUGCUGGUGGCCGACGUGCUUGACGACGGUCGCCGAGGCGAGAACUGCGCUGGAGCGCCGCUGUUCGACCCGGGACCUCAUUCUUCCGUGCAAGGUGAAUGCAGUCGCGCAAAUCACACCGGAUGUCGGGCGGGAAAUAUGACAGCGAAACAUGGUCCACUUCCCGUUUCUCGCGCGGGAACUCCCGCCAAGAGAGUGUUCUUGGACAUGCACUUGCCCCGUGCCACAGCAGCUCGUCUUCUCGUGACCAUCUUGGACGACGAUGGACGGUCGGUAGCCUGUGCUCGUGUGCGUAUGUUGGACACUCGCGAACUAGUGGCGACGGUCGAAGGGCGCGGACUGCGCGCGAAACUUGUGCUUCGCCAGAGACACCCUAGUGAACCGACGAGUGUUCGCGCGCGCGUCCAGCGUAAUCCUUUCGGCGAGAUACCCACCUGGCGCGUACUUGCGAUGCCGCCACCAUGCGACAGUGCAACCUUCGAUGCUUUCUCGGGUAGUGGGGCACCUGCUGCGGGCGCCCUGUCGAUCCGUAAUGGACCGUUCCGUGCUGGCACGUUUCAUGACACUCGUUUGCCACUCUUUGGCUCUGAUACUGUUUCUGGACGUGCAGUACUUCUGGAAGACGACGCGGGACGACCCAUCGCGUGUGCUGCCCUACGGCCACUGAAACCCGGCAUCGCCGCCAGGGCUAUAUUUUAUUAUCCGGUCGCUGGUACAGUGGAGCUACGUCAAGAGGAUCCCGACGCCGAGACAACUGUACUGGUUCAGUUAGCCUACACUGAUGGUUCGACUAACAGAACGAUGGCGCAUCGCAUGGCCAUUCACCGUGAUGCACCUGGACGUGACUUUUACGACUGGCAGAACCGAUGUCGCAGUGUGGGUCCCCGUUAUGACCCUUCACAGGCUGCUGGUUGUCGUCCGGGGCGCCCAUUCAGCUGCGCUAUUGGCGACAUCACCGGCAAGACGGGACGACGCAUUGAAAUUGGUGCUGUGAGACCAGUGCGGUUUUAUCACGCAGACGGUCAGUUACCCUUAUCAGGGCCUCACAGUGUUUUACAUCGAGCCUUCGUAAUUCAUGACGACGGUGCUCCGCCGCACCGGGGCGAUCGCCUUGCGUGCACUCGUAUACUUCCGUUACACCCUGUCAAGGCUUCUGUACGCCGAUGGCGUUUCGCUGAUGCCACGCAAACAGACGGACCCCGAGGUCACGUCAUCUGGACGCAAGAGACACCAGAAGAUCCUGUCUACAUCGACGUGGAACUGCGGGGGCUAGAAGGCCAAGCGACGCGUUAUGGCGUACGCACACGUCCAGUACCUCUGGAACGCCGCUUUCCGUGCCACGACGACGCCUUGGGUCCUCCCUGGCCCGAAAGAAAUGUAACGGGACCGACGCCUGCUGAGGGCUCCUUGGACCAGUAUCUCCCUGGAGACCUCAGUGGCAAACUUGGACCUCUAGACGGAAAGGAAGAAGUCGUGAUCGAUGUCCUGGAUCCGAGCAUACAGCUCUUUGGCUCCAUUUCGCCAAUCGGCCGGUCAGUGGCAGUGCGUAUGAACAAGCGGGACCGUCCCUGGGCUUGCGGCACUGUGCGCCCAGAAAUAGAACCAGGAGAAGGGCGCGAGAUCGUUGCCUUGGCUUCCUUCGAUGAUCCCGCAGCAGCUUUGCAGGGCUACAUACGUCUGCGACAGCUGGAAUACAAGGACGAUUCGGCGAGCAACACGUAUAUUGAAGUUGACCUUCGCUACCCCGGGAAGUACGACCGCAACCAGACCGAAGGCCACGAGUGGUCCAUAUUCGUCAACAGAGUGGCCCACGAUGCCAUCGAACCCAACGAACGGGCUCGCUGUAUCGCAGCAGGAUACCGCUGGAACCCGUACAUUGUUGUCUCAAAUACGGAUGGUUACAAGAAGACCUGCGCUCCAGAUCAACCGCUGCGCUGCGAGAUGGGGGACUUGACAGGAAAACACGGCUCCCUGCGUGUAGGCUUCGGCAAGGCAGUCUUCGCUGACAGCAACUUGCCCCUGGUGGGAAAUUCUUCGGUGUUGGGCCGCAGCGUCAUCAUCUCCGGAGCCCACGGCAACCCCGCUCGCGUGGCCUGUGCCAACCUGUUGCCCGACAUCCAUCUAGUGCGUCAUGUAGCCGUUCGCAAGUUUCCUGGAUUCUCAAGUGGAACCUUCAUGGACCAUAUGCGUCAAAUGCUGAACAUGACAGACUGGUUAGUUGAAGCCGAUGCCCAGGCGGAACAUGAUCUCCUCGAUGGCCAAUGCACUCAGCUCACCGUGCACUUCUUCGGCUCCGAAGCGCACCGUAACCAGAUAGAGUUUGGAAACCUGCUGACGCUUGGCAGUGUGCGGAAGCAGACGCGGCUGGGACUCCGGCUGGUGAAGACGUAUUACAAGCCCUGCAAGUCACUCGAUGAAGAGUUCAAAGAUGGCGGUCAUCACCUCACGCUGUCGUGGCCAUUGAUCGUCUCCGCCUUCGUCUACCUGGCGGCCUAG